ACUCGUAGCACUAUAUCAGCAAGUGCAGUCGGAGCACAGAGAGACAGUCAGGAGACCUAUCUGUGCGGAUAACCACAAAACCUUGUCAUUCUCUCUAGGCAUCGGAAUCACACCGGGCACACUGAAAAGUCAAGCACCAAAUCGUACCACAAAGACUGUCAAAGCUGCGGUGUCCCUACUUUGUGGCAGUAACAAAGAAGUGCCAAGAUGAGUGUGAACGUGAAUGACUUCAGUGACAUUUUGGACGCACUGGGUGAUCUGAACUUCUCCACUCUGGAUGAUAAUGUGUCCCAUGUGGUGGGUGAGGUGUGCCACAGCAUCUUCAGCCAAAGAGCCUUGCUCUAUGCCCUCUCCGUUCUCUAUAUCUUUCUCUUCAUCAUAGGCCUCGCUGCUAAUGCUCUGGUGGUGUGGGUGAAUGUGCGAGCCGAGAGGAACCGUUACGAGACUCAUUUUUAUAUCCUCAAUCUAGCCAUCGCUGAUCUCUGCGUGGUGGCCACUCUUCCGGUCUCCAUUAGUUCUCUGCUUCAGCUCGGCCACUGGUCCUUCGGUGAUGCUAUGUGCAAAAUCACACACCUGAUCUUCAGCAUGAACCUAUUCAGCAGUAUCUUCUUCCUCACGUGUAUGAGUGUGGACCGCUACCUGUCCGUGACUCUUUUCGGAGAUGGCCCCAGCCAGAGGAAGAGAAGGACCAGGCAACUAAUCUGCAUGGGUGUUUGGCUGCUGGCACUGAUCGCUGCCCUGCCUGAAACGUACUUCCUCCAGGCUGUGAAAUCCAGCCAUUCAGACAGCACCGUAUGUAAGCCUGUGUACCCCAUGGACAGCAUGAAGGAGUGGAUGGUGGGCGUUCAAAUGAGCUUCUUCAUGCUUGGCUUUGCCAUCCCCUUCCCUGUCAUCGCUGUGUUUUAUGCCCUCCUGGCUGGUACCAUCCAACCCUCUGCUGACCAGGAACGUCGAAUUAGCCGCCGCCUCAUUUUUACCUACAUUGUAGUGUUCCUAGUGUGUUGGCUACCCUACCAUGGAGCCCUGCUGCUGGACACUCUAGCCCUGCUCAACGUGCUGCCCUUCAACUGCACACUGGAAAACGUCCUCUAUGCAGCGCUGCAUCUCACCCAGUGGUUCUCGCUCCUUCACUGCUGCGUGAAUCCCAUCAUCUACAACUUCAUUAACAAGAACUAUCGCUAUGACCUCAUGAAAGCCUUCAUCUUCAAGUACUCAACCAAAACUGGCCUUGCUAGGCUUAUCGACGUCUCACAUGUGUCUGAGACAGAAUACUCUGCUGUGGAGAGCCAGGGGCCAUUAUGCAACUUCCAUGAUGGUGUUGAUCAACACUAACCCAACAUAUGAACUCAGAAAUAAACAGGGAAGAGUCACGGAGGGAUGUAAAAUUCUCUGAACAUUUUGCUCUUGGGAUAUAGCAAAAUUGGGCGUUUUGUAAAAUAAUGGAACAGCAGAACUUUGUAUACAUACAGUAUAUUCCCCUUUAUAAACAGUGGAAUGUUUAUGCCUUUUGUAAAUUUUUAGACGUAUUGAGAAAGCACUUGUACUGAUUUGAUAUGUAAGCAUACUAUCUUGUUGUAACUGUAGUUGGUGUAAAACAUCCCUUCUUGUUCCAAAGUCACAUAGAGCCACAGAGAAACUCAUAAUAACCUCUGUCACUUAUCUGUGGUUUUGCUCCAUCAGCUAUCAAGACUCCAAUAUGCGUAGAGUGAAGGUCAAGGUUUCAUACGCAUAAAUGUUCAGCUAUGAGUGUGGUGAAAGGGAAGGGAAUAUCGAAAACCCAAAUGAUUGACAUUGGAGAGAAAUUGGUCCAAAUCAAGAUUAGGUGUAGAUUUAAGCAGUAUGCUAUGGUAGUUGUAAAAAAAAAAAAAAAGGUUGUGCAUUUAAUAAAUAACGCUAGCAGUAUUUGUACAUGUUUUGUAAAUAUUAUGCUAUUUAUAUACUCAUUACUGUGUAUGUUCAGCAUUUUGAAAUAUUGUCUGACCUAAAAAUGUUGCAGUAUAUUGCAAUAAAGAAUUUAUUGUUUAUGUAA